AUGUCUCUUUAUAACUCGGUCAGACUUGCCUUACGGGUAACUAUUGCUCGGAUGGUUGCUGUCCGCAGGGAGACGGUUGUUGUUCAACCUAUUGCUGCCCUUAUGGAUCGAGCGGAGUUUGUUAUAACUCCGGGUGCUGUCCCAGUUAUGCACCCAAGCAUUGUGGAAAUGGGAAAUGUGUUCCUGAGGAUGCAACUUGUUGCAGUGACAAUAUACAUUACUGUGAUUCGGGUACAGUUUGUUGCAAUGACGAAACAAAUAGAUGCGCUCUUCCGAGUCAACUGGACAGCAAUGGGAAAUGCUGCUCGAUGGACACAUUUCCAGCUAAUGGCAUUUGCUGUUCAAAGGAAUCCUACAGAAAUGAUGGACAAACCCAUUGCUAGUGGUAACCAGUGUUGUCCUAGAGACAAGCCUGUCAAUUUUGAAGGCAUAUGCUGCGAACAGGACAAGACUAAUGUCAAUGGCAUAUGUUGCGGGCUGGAUACGCCUCUGAAUGUUGGUGGCAUUUGUUGCUCGCCGGACAAACCCAUUAACAGUUUUGGAAAAUGCUGCGAAGCGGACAAACCCAUUAACAGUUUUGGAAAAUGCUGUGAAGCGGACAAGCCGCUUAACGUUGCUGGCACAUGCUGUCCACUGGAUAAACCUUUACUCACCGCUGGUGUAUGCUGUGCUCCGGACAUGAACGUUACGAAUGGCAUAUGUUGCGCGAAGAAUAUGACCGGUAUUGGAGAUCAAUGCUGCCCUCUGAAUAACACUGUUGCUGAUGACACAUGCUGUCCUCAGGAUUCAAUCGGCAGCGAUGGUCAAUGUAAAUCUGGCAGUACCAGUGCAAGUCCAUUAAAUACGAUAAUAUACGCUGCUCUAUGGUAA